GGAGUAUUUUUUUUCUUUCCAUAAAAUUUUGUGUGCUAUUUACAACUUUCUCCCAUUUUGAUUUUUUUUUUACCCGUAUUUAAAAUGGCAUACCCUAUUAAGUUUCUAUCAUUACAAAAGUCGGAAUUAGAAUACGAGGUAGCCGUACGAGGUGAAACCCCAGCUAAUACUGUGGCGGAUCUUAGACGGCAGAUCUGUAAGCUCAGCCAAGUUUUUUUGUCUGAGGAUAUUUUGUGUUCCCACCUUGACCCUCUUGAUGACCUAAAUAGUUGUCUGGAAAUUUUAAAUAAAAUUAAGUCUAGCCUUGAGGUGGAUACCAAGGACAAGAAUAUUUUGGGGAGAAUCGAAAAUCUUUUCCAUCAUCUUUAUCAUAGACUGAACAGGAUAAGUAGGGAUGAUAAAUUCUUGGACGUGCAUACGGAAUGUACAAGUAUGUUUAAAGAAUAUUAUGGAGCUUUAACAUCUUUAAAAGCGAAAAGUAUAGACCCCCUCAUUACUACCAUCCCGCAUUCUGAUCCGCAAGUUACAACUGAGAGAUUAAACAUUUCAGUGACUUGCGAAGGAAAUGUUAAAAAUUGCGAAUUAGCGAAACUAAAAUAUGACGGCAAGUCUUGCGUACGUGCUUUUAUUCAGCGAGUCAGCGAAUUUAGUGUAGCUCGUAAUAUUUCGAAUUCAAAAUUACUAUCAUUCGCUACGGAAAUCUUUGUGGACGAUGCACUUCAUUGGUUUAGAAGCGUAAAGCAACAGGUUUCUUCUUGGGAUGAACUUAUUGUCCUUCUGCAACAGGACUUCGACAGAGCGGAUUACGAUUACCUUCUGCUGUCUGAGAUUCGAUCUAGGACUCAGGGAGCAAAGGAAAACAUUACCAUCUACCUAUCGAUUAUUUCAGGAAUGUUUUCACGCUUGUCGAGAUCUUUUGCAGAGGAGGAUAAGUUAGAAAUAAUAUUGCACAACAUUAGACCGUGUUACGCGAGCACUCUGGCCUCGGCAUCUCAGAUCACAUCGAUUGACCAGUUAAGAAGUCUUUGUAGGAACUACGAAAACGUGCAAUCACGCAUGGCACAGUUUCGCGAACCUGCCGCUCCUACUUCUGACACGUUAGCACCUGAGUUCGCAUACAAACAAAGAACCGAUAUAGCUAACAAACAAAACUAUAAUAUUAACAAUAAGUUUGGGAACAACAAAACAAAUGCAGAAAAUAAUAAUAAACAAAAUUUAAAUAACAGUGUAAAUGAAAAAUAUUUACAUGCCCUAAAUACUAGUGAUUCCAUCCCCGGGGCAAAAUUGCCGUAUUGUCCUAGAUGCCGUAAUAAUUCGCAUAGCCUGAGGGAUUGUCAGAAUAAAGAAAUUAUGUGUUUUAAGUGUGGUCACAAAGGUAUCAAGAAACCAGAUUGCCCCAAUUGUAACAAAGCCCAAAAACCAAAAAAACUAAGUAUGCAGAAUUGUCUCGACUCAGCCUCGUUAGCAGGUCGCUUUAAUAAAGAGGAUUGGGAAAAUUGGUUGAAAACAAUUAAAUUGUUCUUCAACAGUUACAAAAUGUCUUCAAUUCUGCAUACUAAGCCUUUGGGCGAUUUGCGACCAUAUCUGAAUAUUAAAAUUAACGAUAUUACAGCGUCCGGCCUCCUGGAUUCCGGGUCAGCUAUUACAAUAUUAGGAAAUAAUUCUCAUAACACCCUAGUCAGUCGUGGCCUUAAGCUAUGUACUGAUGAUACACCUUCGAUAGUAGCUGCAGGUGGUCAGAUACUUAAGAGUACUGGCUAUAUAAAUGUGCCAGUGCAUUUAGAGGACCAAUUUCAUAUAAUUAAGUCAUACGUAGUUCCAGAAGUUCAAUCAUCGCUUAUUUUAGGUAUUGACUUCUGGCGCGCCUUUCAAUUGUGUCCGAAAUAUUUGGGUUCCGUAGAUUUGUCAAAUAAUUCAUUAGUAGAUUUAAAUAGUAAUAAUCACCAAACUUUCAUACAGUCUUAUGAUAGCUUAGAUGAGUCUCAACGCUCUAUUGCUGAUAACGUUGUUGAGCAAUUUAGGGACGUUUCAUUUGAGGUUAAAGGCUUAGGCCGUACACACCUUUUAUCCCAUCGCAUCGAUACUGGCGUUAGUAAUAGUUUUGAGGAGCAUGUGUCCCUUCUACUUCGCGUUUUAGACAAAUUACGUAAAGCGGGCCUUACUGUAAACUUGAGUAAGUGUGAGUUCUUUCGAAGUCAACUUAAGUAUUUAGGUUACGUAGUUGAUGCGAAUGGGCUGCGAACCGAUCCAGAAAAGGUUGAAGCUAUCCUUAACUACCCUACCCCUAGUAAUCGCAAGGAGCUGAAGCGAUUUCUGGGCACGGCAACUUGGUAUCGUAGGUUCGUUCCCAGUUUUAGUACAAUUGCAGGGCCGCUCAACAAGCUGACUUCAAACAAAAAGAACACUCCACCUUUCAAGUGGACUGAUGAGGCGGAAAUCGCUUUUAAAAAACUAAAAGAAUGCUUAGUUUCUGCACCUGUUCUUUCUUGCCCCGAUUACAAUCUUCCUUUUGAGGUGCAUACGGAUGCAAGUAACUAUGGGAUGGGCGGUAUGCUCACGCAAUCUGUAAACGGAAAGGAGCACCCUAUAGCUUACAUGAGCAAAUCAUUAACGGCGGCAGAAAAGAACUAUAGCAUAACGGAGCGGGAGACGCUGGCUGUUCUUGUGGCAUUGGAGCAUUGGCGAUGCUAUUUGGAAAAUGGGAAGAAGUUCACCGUGUACACAGAUCAUAGUGCGUUAAAGUGGUUUCUUUCUCUUAAUAAUCCUACGGGAAGGCUCGCACGUUGGGGUGUGCGUUUAUCUUCAUUUAAUUUUGAUAUAAAGCACCGUCGGGGUGUCGACAACGUCAUUCCCGAUGCGUUGUCAAGAGCAGUACCUGUUGCUGCUAUGGUCACUUCUAAUUCAUCCGCGACUUCCAGUGAUGCUUGGUAUACUAACAUUUAUAAUAACUGUGUCACGAAACCUGAGAAUUUUCCCAAUUAUCAAAUUAAGGAUGGCACUCUCUUCCGCCUUAGUAAGAAUAAAUGCUUGCUUACUAAUGAAUUUUCUUGGAAGGAAGUUGUUCCCUCCGAGUACAGGGAAAAGGUGAUUGCGGAUAAUCACGACGAACCAACCGCAGGUCAUUUGGGCAUUUUUAAAACCUACAGGCGCGUUGCUCUUAGUUAUUACUGGCCGGGUAUGCAUCGAGAUAUAGCGAAAUACGUUGGUUCUUGCAACACUUGUUUACAGUACAAAACUCAAAACCAUGCUACUCUAGGUGAAAUGGGACGUCCUAAGCAAUGCUCGCGCCCGUACCAAAUGAUUUCUGUCGACUUAAUGGGACCACUUCCUGUCACACGAAAACAAAAUAGCUACAUACUAGUAGUGACCUGCUGUUUUUCCAAAUUUUGUCAUAUUUUUCCAAUUAAAAAAGCUACUUCUCAGAUUAUUGUUAAACUUAUGGAAGAACACAUAUUCCUUGUUCACGGUGUUCCUCAAAGUAUUUUCCUGGAUAAUGGUACCCAAUUUAUUAGCGGACACACUCAAGACUUGUUUAAGAAGUAUAAAAUACCGAACGUAUUCUUUUCACCCAAAUAUACCCCCCAAGUUAACACCGUGGAGCGGUACAAUAAAACGAUAAUCACCUGCAUUUCCACUUUCGUGGACGGUGAUCAUCGAACAUGGGACUUAUUUAUUCCAAAAGUACAAUUUGCAAUAAAUAAUUCGGUUAACGAAGCCACCGGAUUUACACCUUCAUUUCUAGUUUUUGGACGAGAAAUAGUUUUAUGUGGUGCGCAUUAUACAGAUACAGACUUGGGUGACGAGGUUUUGUUUCUUCCUCGCGAUGUAUACGCGGAGAACCUUGGAUGCCUAAGUUCAAUCUUUGAUCAAGUCCAAAAAUCCUUGCAUCACGCACAUGUCAAAAAUACAUCAUAUUAUAAUUUAAGACGUAAAGCUUUCGAAUUUAAUAUUGGUGAUGUAGUAUACAAACGUGCUUACGUCCUGAGCGAUAAGGAUAAGCACUUUAGCAAGAAAUUAGCUCCCAAAUACAUUAAGUGCCGGGUCAUUCAAAAGCUAUCACCACUAGUGUAUGUUUUGGAGGAUAUGUCUGGUAAAAAUUUAGGGUCUUGGCAUAUUAAGGACUUAAAAAUUCCUACCUACAAAUGAAUGUGAUCUUUGUUACGUUUCCCCUUACACUAUUAAACGAUAUUAAGACCUGUUACCAAAGUCAAUGACGAAUAUAUUAGUCGUUUGAUUUUUUUUGUAUGUUAGGACACGUCGCACAAUUUUAAUAUUGUGUGUUGUUUAUUAUGACUGGUUUUGAGAGAUGAGGGAAUGAUUGAAGUGAAUGUAUGAAUAAAAGGAUGUCGUAACGAGUUUAUCAUGCGGAUUUUAUUCUUAAAAUAAAAUCCUUAUGAGGGACCGGGGGUAAUGUAACGGAACGUUACAUGAAUAAUCAUGUUUUGUUUCUACAAAUUAUAAAUUGAACUACCUACA